AUGGAGAUCUCCCUGGACGCGCUGCUGGGCAUGCAGCGGCACGGACAGGACCUGGCCUACCGCCUCGUGCAUGGCGUCUCGGGGCUGCUGCUCCAACUCCACGUGCAGACGCCGCCGCUCAAGCUCCUCCCCUUCGACAUCGAGCUCCCCGCUGCCCCCUUCGCAGUCAGCGUCGACCUCCCGGCCGUGGCCGUCGUGUCCUUCGUGGAGAUCGGCGGCCUGCUCGGGCAGGCCGGGCCCCACCUCGGCGGCGCCGUGCAGCAUCUGUCGCGGCAGCUUCCCGCGCCGUUCCGCGCGCGGCGCCGGAAGUGGGAAGGAGGCGCCGCGCCGCCGACGCCCGCGACGGCGGUGGACGAGGGGGAAGCGGGGCUCGCCGCAGAAAGGGCUGCCGAGGGUGGGGUAGCCUUGGAGGGUGUCGGGGAAGGAGGCUCCCUUGAGGAGGUGGCUGCGGCCACUGGGAGUGCCGCUGCCGCCAGUGCGGCCGGGGUCGGGGCCGAGGGUGCUUGGUCGGGGGAUCUGUUUUCAGGAUCCGGGCAGGUGUUGCCUGGUCGGGGAAUACUAUCAUAA